AACAAAUCGAAGAGAGUCUCCACUCAUAAGCAUUCAUUACAUCCUGUCAAAAAUUCAAACUCUAUUACAAACAAUAUGGAAAAUCCAGUACGCUGCAAAGGGUGCAAGAAUUAUCUGACAGUACCACCUGGGCAGCCUUGUUCCAUCUGUUAUAAAGUCAACAAGCCCAACAAAAAGGCUCACCGUAUCGUUCCUCAAAUACUCCAGUAUAUUGAUGGUUAUGCCAACAGACCAGCAAGCAAUAACUACAGUAAUGCCCCUUAUGGACAGCCUACACAAACAGCACCAGCGUAUGGAGGUUACUAUGCUCCACCAGUGUAUGGGCCCGGCUAUUACAGCCAACAUCCACCUCCACAAGCCUUGUCAUCUCCUGCUGCGUAUGGUAAUGGUUAUAAUAACUAUUACCAACAAUCACCACAGGUGCAUGAGAAAAAGAGGGCGGUAUUGUGCGGUGUUACUUACAAAGGUCACAGAAAGACACUGCCUGCUAGUAUAAAUAACGUCAGGAGCAUGCACCAAUUCUUGGUGAAACUUGGCUUCCAGAAUGCUUCCAUCCGCAUUCUUACAGAAGAGGAAUCAGACCCGGCCAGGACUCCUACAAGACGCAACAUACUAACCGCAAUGGGAUGGCUCACGAAAGGUUGCCAGUCCGGGGAUUCAUUGGUGUUCUACUAUGCAGGCCAUGGGUCUCAUGAGACUGAUCGCAGUGGAGAUGAAAAAGAUGGGUAUGAUGAAGCAUUGUGUCCUGUUGACUAUAGUAUAGCUGGGAAAAUUCUAGAUGAUGAGGUCAAUUCCCUUCUUGUAGCACCACUACCUCGUGGAGUAAUACUUCACAGCAUCAUGGACACAUGCUUUAGUGGAACUCUUCUUGAUCUACCUUUUCUUUGCAAGAUUAAUCAGGAAGGAUUAUAUAAAUGGGAAGAUCACCACCCUUCACAUGUUUCAUCAUAUGGAGGUACUAAUGGAGGAAAAGCAAUCUGUAUUAGUGCCUGUGAUGACCAUCAAAAUUCUGCAGAUACAUCGGCUUUCACUGGCAAUGCGAUUGGUGCAUUGACUUAUAGCUUUAUUCAAGCUGUGCAAAGUGCACGUAAGUUGACAUAUGGAGACUUACUUGAGAACAUGCGGAAAGUAGUUCGUGAAGCUCAACUAAGACAAGGCAUGAAUGCUCCAUUUGCAUCUUCUACAUCACAGGAGCCUCAACUAUCAUCUUCCACAAGAUUUGAGAUUUACUCAGAGCAUUUUAUGUUGUAAAGAAGAUGUUCACUCUGUCAUAGUAUCUACUAUCUAUACACAAACUUAAAAAUAAUGUAUCAUGCUUGCCAAGUUGACAUCAAGUUAUGUAGUAUACUGAGAAAAGAAGCUGCAAUUCUUUUUUACUGACAAACUUGUGCAUUUCGGAUUUA